AUGUCUACCGUAAUCAUUUCCCGUCUUGUCCGUUUUACUGGCUUCCUGGUCAUCGCCGCCGUAACGGCUUUCUUGUCAAACACCGUUAACGCCGACUCCGUCCCUCUUUUAAUAGGCGGAUUCACACACCCGCGGCCGCCGGUGUAUUUCGGUAACGUAUAACAUAUACACAUUUAAGACUUAAUCGUUUUUAUUUUAUUUAAUAUUAAGAUAUUUCGUAUCUAUAUUACUAUAGAUUAUAUUUGAUUUUACGAUAAUAACGGUUAUUAUUAUUUUCAUAACAAAAUAUAUUCGAUAUUUGAGGUGAAAAAAAAAAUAUGUCAUUAUAAAACUCGACAUUAUAUUUGCCGACGAUAUCCAAAUAUUAAUAAAUAUAUUUGUUUGUAUUCUUUAUUCAGAUAAUGCACCGGACAGACUCAAAAGAAUUCAACCUCACAUUGAUCCGUCUGAGCCGUUGAUCCGAUGCUAUUGUGACUUGCCAGAGUGUUUGAUUGCCACCGACGGCAUGCCCUUCUGCCACACCCGCCAGGGAUGCUUUUCCCGGAUACAGACCAGCGUAUCGGAAUUGACCGGGUCGACGCAGGUGACCGAUUCGACCACCAUCACCACUACCGAUCAACCCUUACCUGAGGAAUUCGACGAGGAACCCGUCAUGUCAAACACCAUUAACGGAACGUACGGUUGUCUAGAUCUUCUUCCGACGUAAGUAUAACGUAUACAGUGAAUACCAUAGAAAAUUGAUCAGAAUCUAAUAUGAUGUAUGUAUUGGUCUGUAUCAGUAGCGUAUAUACGAUUUCACCAAGAAGGGAGAUACUGAGUUAUGAAAUUGUGAUAUUGUUUAACAUGUAGAUAACUUAGGAUUUAAAAAAAAAAAAAUAGUUUUGAAUUUGUAUAUUUAUGUACGUAAUUUUCAAUUCAAUCUACACCAAAAUUAUCAUUGAAUUAAAUUAGUUAUAGGUAUAAGGUAAUAAUUUCAAUUAUUAUUAGUCUAUCGGUAUACUAAUACUAUAGUAUAAUCUAUAGAUUAUAGUAAUAUAACCUCCUUUAUAUUCAACUAUAUUUCGCAUAGCUUAUUUUGUUUAAACAAUUAAAUGUAAGUUCAAUUGUUUUUUUUUUUUUUGUUUGUUAUGAUAUUAACUUUAGGUACCAACACAUCGAAUUUUCGAUUUUUCUGAUUAAAAAUUUAAUUUAGAAUUUAACUAGUAAACAGUUAUAAAAAUGAUUAGAUACUAAAAGAAGUAAAGGUGGAAAAUAUAGCUCUCUGAUCUCCCUCAUCAUAACACACAUCAUUACCUUGUAUGCAUUUUUAAAAUUAUUUCUCCCAAUUCCUUCACAAAAUCUCUAUAAUAACUUUAUAAAUAAUAUAUUUUUACUAGGUACAAUAAAUUAUAAUUAUAAAACAUAUUGUGUGCAAUAUAGGUUAAAAAAAUGGUAGGUAGAUUGAAUAGGUAUCAUUAUACCUAGAUAUUCAAAAAUAAUGUAAUUCUUAUAAUAAUCAUAGUAUUUAUAAAUAUUGUAAAUAAAUAUAUGAAUAAAAACAUUUAUAUAUACAAAUUUAAAAAAUAAUGAAUAAUAAAUGCGUCAUCUGAAGUAUUAUGAUAAGUGUUUGUUUCACUUUAUUAUUUUAUAAAAUGAAUAAUCCAUAUGCCAUUUUAGGGAUACCUAAUAUACGUGUAUAUUUAAAUAUAAGUAAAUUCUAAAAUAUUAGUAUUAAGUUAUAAAAAGAAUAAUUACAACAAUAGUAAUUGCAUAAUUUUUGUUUUUCUAAAAUUAUUGAAUAUGAUUAUAAUGUUCACGAAUUGUGUACCAAAGUGGAUUAAUAAGAUGUAAUCAUUUUCACCCGCCCGUCUAAGUUAAAUCGAUUGAAAACAUCACUGCAGUUAAAAUUGCCGCUAGGUUCACUGCCUACUCGGUAGAGGACUAAAAAUAUUAUUUGUAUGUAAUUUAUGACUAAAAUUAUGGAACUUUUCUUUUUUCUUUUUUUUUUUUUGUAAAAGUACACUUAAAAUGAUACACCUAUGAAGAUAAAUUAUGCUAUAUUUAUGAAUAUUUAUAAAUAUAUAAUAUAAUAGUAUAAAAUAGUUAUUUAUGAUAUUAUUCAUGAAUAAUAUAAUAUAGGUACCUACCUAUUAUGUGUCAAAAAGUAACUAUUGCUUGAAAAAUUCGAUAUGAUUAUUAUUAGGAGGUAGUACUCGUAAUUACUUUUGGUUAUAGAUAAUAAUGAUACUUUUGUUAAUAAUAUAAUUAUGUUAGUUAUUAAAAUACAUUUUAUUAUACAUAAUUUAAAACUAUUUUUUUAAACGUUUUUCAUUUUUUUUUUUUUUUUUUAGUUUCCGCAAAACUCAUUCUAGUAUUUAUAAAAUUGUGUAAUGUAUUUCAUAAGUUCAUAUUCAUGACCUGUACGGCCACCUUUAAGUUUUGAUAUCGACUAUGAUAGGAAGAGUAGUGGAGCAAAAAAAAAGUAUUCUAACAAUAAACAAGGCACUAGUAGAAUCAACACUGAUUAUGGCAUCAUUGCAAUGGGUGCAGCUAAUAAAAGUAAAUUCAAUAAAUUACAAAUUGCACAAAAUAAUAUCCUAUAAAUAAUCCGAGGAAUUAAAUAUUCAAACAGUACAAAUUUUGUUUACAAAAAAACAGUUACUUUCUUAGUAAAAAAUAAUCUAACUAAACCAAUUUUCCAUAAUUUUAAUACCAGAAAUAAAUUGAAUAAUAUUAUCACCCAUUUACCUCUAAUAUACAUAAACCUUUUUUUCUAUGUAGUGGUCUAAACAUACCUACCUUAUGAAUUAAAUGAUUAUAAAAAUUAUGUUAUAUUUGAGCUGAAUUUAACAAAUCAUUUACUGCAACAAGAUGCUGAUUAUUCACUUAUAUUGUACAUUUCAAAUCAUUAAUACUCUAACCUUUUAAAUUUUUAUGUUUUAUAUAUCCUAAGUAUAAAUAGUUUUUAAAUUUAAUUAAUAACUAAUUCAUGUAUUUCAAUGAAAUGUGUAAUAUUGUUAUAGUUAAAACUCAUGGACCCCCACACGAGCUCAUUAUACACUUUAUUAUAUUAUACCUAUGUAUAAUAUUUAAUAUUACAUUAAUAACCAUAAUGAUAACAAUUUGUAUUGCAGCACGAUGCGUGACAUUUAACUAAUGCUCCACUAACUGCCCCUACUUAAACUUUAAAUAUUCAGAAUCCACUGAUUAAUAGGCACAAUAGUUAUGAAUUAGAUUAUAGUGUAGGCUCCAUUAUUAAAAUAAAUACACCGUUAUUACUGUAAUUAUGAAUAUUAAUUUAAAUUUUUUUCCCAUCUUCCCAACAUAAAUAGCAACCAAACAUGCAAUGAAAUGCUCGAGUUAACAGAUAGUUCAGAAUUCCUAGCGCUAUCAUCUGCAAACACGUCGGAAACCGUGUACGCAUACUAUUGCUGUCAGAACAACAUGUGCAACGAUCGUGCUAACCCGGCCACAACCACUAUCCAAGAAGUACAAGAAGUACAAGAAGAACAAGAAGAAAAAACGUUUCAAAGUUCUUUACGACAAAGGAAAAGUAAAAGAGCUACGAAAGCAGAUUCAGAGACAGUGUGGCUUACACCUUACACCAAUCCUGAUGCAGUGGCUCCCAAAGUUACUACUGAUAUUAAUGCUGAAUCCGAAGUGCCAACGAGCAACAUAAAAAAUACAAAACACGAAAUCGACGCGAUUAUUAAGCCCACAAUUAAUAAGUGCUUCGAGCCUGUCAUGUACAGUAAAUUGCAAAACACCGCCACUGCUGACCGUUUGAAGACACUGAGAAAAAAGGUGAAAAUAAGUUCUUCGGAAGAAAAUUUUAAAACUAUGCAAUGGAUGGCGUCUUUUAUGUCCGGGAACUUUGAAAAGACUGCCCCCACCGAGAUCACGAAGACACCGAACACGAUGCAAUUCCCCAGUACUACUUCAAAACACGAAUCGUCUCAGCACAACAAACCGAUCUUCGUAGCCCCGGAAGAGUUUCCAACUAAUAGCGUGUACCCGCCAAUAUAUCAUCGGAAGACCAAUUUUUCCAUCGCAGAUUUUAUAAGAAUCGUAAACAUUGUAAAAUCACUGAAACCAAAAGUGAACGGAUUUCCAGAUAGACACAAUCACGUGAAUGAAGAAAGAAAAGGUGUGUAUAUAAUUUAUACUUAUAACAGUAAUAAAAUAAUUAUGACAAACAGUGUACCAAAUAUGUUAUAAAAUAUUAAAGCUAAAAAUAGCUAAGCCAUAACUAAAAAUUUUCAUCCUUUUUAUCUACUUAUUUUUUUCCAACUGAAACGCAUAGGUUUCGGUUAAUUAUUACUUCAGUUCGCAAUACAACUUUUAGGUGAUAUGGGAAUUUUAGAUCUACUUGUUUCUUAAAUUUUCAAAACAAUUUUUUUUUUUUAAAAAAAAGACAAUAUUUUGCGAAAUAAUCAGUUUUCAACGAUAAAAUAAUCACCUGUUUAUAUACAUUAGGGUGCCCGUUAACUAUACAUAAGUUAAUUUUUUUUUUUUCAAAAUUCGAAGAGUACUGCCCAAAUUUUGCAGACAUUAUUUUUGAACCCAUAAGGAGAAAUUCUUGGGCGGCACUCCUCGAAUUUUAAGAAUUCAAAAAUAACGGUCACCUUUAUAUAUAUAUAUAUAUAUAUAUGUGUAUACAUAAAAAACUAGACUAUUAACUGUUAUAUCAUACUAGUGAUUUUGAUAUAAAAGACGCACGGCAGCCAUUAUAUAAUAUAAGCCACUAUAUAGUCGAAUACGCGAUUAAUAUUAUAUUUCGCAAAUAAUAUAACGGUUAUCGCGAUAUUAAAAAUUGAUCAGCAAUAUAGUUUAUGUUACCUACAUAUCUGUGAAUGCUGAAGUUUGCUUAUAAUUAGAUCAUUUUAUCAUCGUAAUCAUCGUUUUAUUUGUCUUUUCUGUAUUACAGUACACCCCGGAACUAACGCAAUGUUGGAUACGCUACUGCAGCGUUUUAAUCUGCCGAUGCCUGUCAAUCGUCUGCAAUUGUACAGAUACCUACAGAUCUUAUUUUCUCCAAAACAAUCACAGCCAUAACUACAAUAGUCUUAAAUAAUUGAAUAAAAUCGUCUACAAGGACUCCACCAACACUACUGCAGUAACCAUCACUGUUUAUUCGGUGCCGUAAUCAUUUAUAAUACAUUUUAAUAUGCAACAAACUUUUAACAGUAAAAAAAAAAUUAUUUUUAAUUUCUACACUAUUUUCUAUAUUAGAUUAAGAAGGUACUUUAUAAGAUUUUUUUUUUUUAAAAAUGUUAAAGUAAAAAACAAAAAAUUAGCUUUUAAUUACAUUAUUUUUUAUAUCAGAUUUAGGUACAUUUUGCACGUGUAUUAUUUUAGAAAAAUGUCGAUUUAUAACAACAAGAACAUUUUUUUUUUCAUUUUGCGUGCCUUAUGCACAAGUCUUUUUAAAUAAAAUAUUUAGAUUUAGUAAUAAAAAAAAACCCCCUCUUGAGUAAUAUAUUCAAAUUGAUAUUAAAGUAAUAAUAUUAUUUUUAAUUGUACUUUAUCGAGCAUUAUAAUGUAACAACACUUACACAUUAUUUUAUUCUGUAAUCAAAUUAAAUGAUGUAUAAAGAUAUGUUUUAUGAAAUACCUAUUUAUAAUUUAUAAUUAUAUAUUAUAAUCAAUAGUUAUAAAUGUUUUUUUACUUGUACAAUUUCAAACUUUAAAAAUUUCUCCGUGCGUGUUCAAUCAAUUGUAUUAAUUUAUAAAAACCCUUUGUUCCGCUAUUAUUAUUUUACUGCACAUAUUUUAAUUCAAUAUAAAUUAGCGUGCCGUGGCAUUAGCUACGAACUUUUGUAUUUUAAUGUCAGUUUUCAUUAUAAUUUGUCAUAUUUUUUUUUUUUAGUAAAUAUCCGAUUUAAUUUAUUAUUAUUUUAAAUACUAUACACAUAUAAAUACUUAUAUUUUUUUUUUUUACAUGCACUAUAUUAUAUUAUUAACCUCAAGUAGUAGUAAACAGGAAAUAUGCAAUCUCUAGCUCUAAUUUAAUAUUACCGCCCUAAAUUGAAUACACAUUAAUACAUUAUAAAUUUUUUUUAUAUUAAUUAAAUAUAAAUAACUAAAACAUUUUUUAUAUCAUCAUAUAUUUGUUUUUUGUGUAUAUAAUAAUCUGUACGUUAAUUUAAUGUUUAGAUUGAUAUUAUAAUUUUGUAAGUGUACCUAAACGAAAUGCACAUUAUUUAAACACGAAUAAUUUCGGAAUCACUUCGAUUUAAAUUGUGCGCAGUGAGUAUACGGGUAUACUGCAGGUCUACUAUAGAUGUACGCCUACUGCCUGCCUAGAUAAUAAUUACAGCCGAAUCGUACGACCUGACUAAAAUUUCCCAAUAUACUCGUUCACGGUGUUGAUCGAUUUGAUCUAAAUUCGUCAAUUACAGGUAUUAUAUCAUAUCAGUAUAUCUGUUUCGUCGGUGUUAAAAAAUGCACACAAAAACGACAUAUAUAUAUUUAGGUACACCAAUAUUGCGUCGGAGAAUUUUUGACAAACCUUAACGCGUCUUAAACAUACCAAUAUUGCAUUGUCAAAAUAACAAUUAAAAUUAUUAAAAAAUUAUCUUACGGAUUAAAUAUUAUUUAUAAACAUUUUGUUUUACCUUCAAAUAAUCAAAUAACAAAAUAAUUAUAUUAUUGUAUAGAUAUUACAUAUACGACAUCGCUAAUUGCAAAUCUUUUUUUAAUUUUUUUUUACGAAUUUUUUAAUUUUUUAUACGAACGUGGAUUGAGCACAGUCAAAAUAUGGUUCCGGCAUGCGCAUAUAGACAAUGUAUAGAUCAAUAUUAAAGUUAUAAUACAAUAUUUAUACGAAACGAUAAAUAGUAUAAGCUAAGGAAAAACUACAAAUUAAAUAUAACAACGAAAAACGAUUUUGAUGAACAAAGUCUCUGUGAAUUAUUUUAAUCAAAUUACAACGAUUAACGUUUGGUUUACGUUUAAUUUUCGACAUACAAAUGAACAGCAUUUUGUAUUUUGUAUUUUUUCGGUAAUUUUAAUUCGGUAGGUACUCCGUUGACUAGUGGUAUUGAUUAAAACCAUAAUAAAAACCCGCGAUCGUUACGGCUAAUUAUUUUGAUAUUAAAUCACAUAUUAAAUUCUGUUAACAAAAAUUUAUAAGAAUACCUAUGUAAAGAACUCUUAUUAUUAUUUGUUCUCGAUUUUAUGACAUGUAUAGAACCACGUCAAUCCGGAUUAACGUUGUUAACCAUCCGCAUAAUAAAGCGAUCGCCCUCUCCCCCCAAGAGAAGUGGACUAGCAUUGGCAUUUAGUAUAGUAAUUGAUCCAAAAGUGGAUAUAAUAGAUAUAAUCAAUGUAUUAUUUGCCAUAGUUUUUUAUAUUCUGAAUGUUGAGAAAAAUAUAAUGGUUUUACAAAAAUGUUAUUGUUAUUAUUAUUAUUAUAUAUAUAUAAGAAAAAAGAGUCUACCAGAAAUCUUGGAUUUCAUUUUACAGUAAUAUGAAUAUAAUACUGUUGAAAAAGCAAUACUAUUAACCGAGCUUCGUUCAGAAUCGCUUUUCGUUAGCAAUGAUUUUCGCUGACAGAUAUACGUUAUGUUUCUCUCUAUAUCGUACCUUUCCAACUUCUCCCGACUAUUCAUCUGUAACGUUGGUCCACUCAUCGUGCGCAGUAUGAAGGUCAAUUUUUCUUAUCAAUCAUUAAUAUCAAAUUUAAUUAUUUCGCGCUUCCACUCCCCCCCAUCCAUAGUCAAGGUUUGGAAAUGCCCGUGAAUACGCGUAUAUUGCUCGGGAAGAACUACAGGUACUCGAUGCUAAUUAUUAGUAUUAUAAAUAAAAAAAAACGGAUUUUAAAUGCCCGUUACCGAUAAAAAAAACAAAAAAAAAAUCGGUCGAAUACGAAACCGAAUUACAUAGUCGUUUAAUAAUAAUGCGUGUUGAAAUCUAUGGUAUUGUACGCGUCUCGCUUUGUAGAUAAGCUACGGAUACACGGCUUCCCUUCACGUUCCGAAUAGAAAUCCUAGCGGAAGCCGCUGUGUUGUGUAACGCGUGUACACCGCGGGUGCAGUACCUAUACAUUUCCAAACAAUGAUUGAAAUCUAAGCCGGGACCAACGAUACGCCGCCGUAACGGCAUUUGGUAAAAUGCGUUCAUUGUUUUCCAGGCUAUUAUAGGGACGCCGAGAACGCGUACCGCAAAAUUGUUGACGCCGUCUAAAUAAUAUUACGCAUUAUAUUCUAUUAUGCCUACACGAUGCGAUUACCGCUCGACGUUCACACUUACUGCGUAUGUGCGUCCUCCCUUCCCCGGCCGAUCGCAAGAGGAGGAAUCGUCGUUUUCUUCGUUUUCGUCUCACACCACACCCACCUCGCGCCAAACUCCUGACGCCCCGCACCGCGCCACCCCCGCCAACACCGUGGCGUGCGGUAUGCGUCGUCGCCCGGGGCGGCGAUACUGUGCGGUUUGCGGGUGCGCGCGCAACUAAUAACAAUAUCCCGUGCGUCGUAUACUACGCGGACGACGCGGAGCCACCGGCGCCACCGCCUCCAAACACAGCCCCGUCACCACUCCCGCCGACGCCAUUUACGCCACCGACGACGCACUGUCCGUCCUCUCCAAACCAGUUCAACCAAAAAUCAUGCUUUGCGCGAUUCCUUAAUAGUUGCGCGUUUCCCACUACUCCGCAAGAUCCUUGGCGAUUUCGCGUAUAGGACCCAUCGGCGUCCCGAGUAGAUACAUCUAUCACAGAUUCCGAUAUUGUCUUUUUCCUUGAAAUUUGUAUGCAAAUAUAUUUGUAAAAAUGUCCGCCAAAACCAUUCCUGGCCGAGCGCGUUUUACAUGCUUUCUGGUAGUAACCGCCGUAACGCUUUUCUUGCCAAUCGCAAUCACCGAGGACGUUCCACUCACACCCGUAUAUUUUGAACCACUCAACAUCACAUUCCCGCCGCCGCAAAUGUAUUUCGAUAUAAUAGGUAUAAUUACACAUUUAAGACUUUAUAAUAUUUACUCAAUUUAUAAAUUUUAUUUUCCUGACAAUAUCCAGAUAUUAAUAUUAUAAUUCGUUUUAUUUUUUCGCAUAGGUGCCGGACAGGUCUCACACCUCGAAAGAGUGCAAGAUGGUCACACGUCUUCGUCACAGAUCCGUUGCUACUGCAACUUGCGCCAGUGUAUGUCCUCCUUCAGCAGCGUGCCUGUGUGCUACACCAGCCAGGGAUGCUUCACCCAGGUAACGACCAGCUUUUCAAAUUUUCCCGGGCCGUCACUGCUCGCCAUCGCCAACAUCACUACCACCCAAUCCGGGAAAUUUAACGAACGACUCGACGUGUCGAACGACCAACACUCGUACGGUUGCCAAGAACUUCUACCGACGUGAGUAUAUAAAUAAAGUCUAUAAAACAAAAAAUUUUCUAAGGAAUGAUAAAUAGUUAAAUUACUUGAUAUUGCUAUUUUUAAUAAAGUACUAAACCGAACCAUUAUCUAUAUAUUGUUUAUAAAUACGAGCUUAUUCAUAUGUUUAAACGGGAUAUUUAUACAGAAGAGGCCGAGCCGCGUUUAAAAGUGAUCGAGCUCAUUCAAUCGUCGAAUAAAAAAAUAAAUAAUUAAAAAUAUAAGUUAUAAUUUUAUUCUGUGGGUUGUGUUAUAUUCAUGCCACAUGUUUCACUUACGUUUACCUAUCUUUGGUCAUAUUUUAUAUAAUUCUCUACUUUUGGCGGUUCCUAUACCGACCGAGGUAAUAAUAUAGGUUUAUAGGUACCAGGUGAUCCGUUUUAGUGGGUACACUCAUUAUCUCAGAAAUUAUUAACAUUUUCCGGAAUUCGUUUUCUAGAAUAUUUAGAAAACAAGUUGCUCUGCAAUUCUAUAUAUGUUCAUUUUUAAUAUCCUUUUUUUUUGUAGAUAAAACUAAUACCUACUUUUGAUUUUAAAUCACAACCUAUAUUAAAUUUCCAUAAAUAGAUGGAAUUAAAUUUAGUUAAAAUAAAUUUCAGUGUCGAAAUUUUUAAUUUCUGUUUAGCCAUUGACGAGAUAUAGCACUUUUAAGUUUGGGUUGUAGGGUAGUAGUAGAGUAUCAUUUGUGUUGCGGUAAGGCGCACGGCGUGUUGAUAAUGCACCACUACUAUCCUCCAACCCAAACUUAAAAGUGGUGUAUCUCGUUAACGGCUUAACAGAAAUCAAAAAUUUCAACACUGAAAUUUAUUUUAACUAAUACUCCAUCUAUUUAUGGAAUUUUUAAUGUAGGUUGCUAUUUGAAAAUCAAAUGUAGAUAUUGGUUUUACCUCUAAAAAUAAGGAUGUUAAAAAUUAACAUAUUUAAAAUUGCAGAGCAACUUGUUUCCUAAAUAUUUUAGAAAAUAUUUUCCGGAAAAUGUUAAUACUUCGAGAGAUAAUGGGUAACCCACUUAAAUGGAUCACUAUUUGUACUACAUUUUAUUAUUUAUAUUUAUAUAAUAUGUACGAAUGAAAAAGCCCAGUAAAUAAACAUUUAAUUACUAUCGCAUUAUUCGUAUUAAAUUAAACGUCUAUAUACACGAGUCCUUCAGUGUUAUCUAAAUGGUCAUAUUCAAUUUUUUUUGGGGGGGGGGGGUUUAAGUCAGACUGACACAAAUGUAAACAAAAAUUACAUUUUAGUUUUCAUCCCUUAGUUACUGAAAAGAAAUUAUUUUUAUUUUUUCCCUUUUUAAAAUUUUCAAAAUAACCAUUUUGUAAAAUAUAUUAUUUUUAAAUUCAAAAAUAAAAAUAAAUUCGUUUUCAGUUAUUAAAAUGGGUGAAAAUCAAAGUGUAAUUUUUUUCUAUAUUUGUGUCCCUCUAACACAAAACCCGAAAAAAUAAAAUGAAUAUGAGCAUUUGGAUAACACUACAACAUUGUGUGUAUAGGUAUUUAGUUUAAUACGAAAAUUUCGAUAGUAAAUAAAUUUCAUUUAUCUAGGCUUUUUCUUUUGUACAUAUUAAAUGUAUAUAAAUUGUAAUAAGUUGUACAUGUAUUUUCAAUAACCAGGUAUAAAUCUUAUUUAUCUUUAUUCUUUAUCUUUAUAGAAAUCUAUUAAACGUUUAUACUUUUAUUUUUAAAUUUAUUGCAUAUAAACAGGGACACAGGGUGAUCAACAUAACCGAUAAGACACUCAUUAUCUUGGAAAACAUUAACUUUUUCAUGCACUGAUACUCUACCCUCGUCGAAACUUUAAAAUGGAACAUAUCGAUACAACGGGUUAACGUAAAUUAAUAUUUGGAUAAAACUGUAGAAUAUUCUGUAUACAUUAUAUGGCACUCAAUUGGAAAGGGAUUUUUGAGGGUGAACACGCUACCCAGUUUAGAUUUUUAAAAAGCAAACUACAUAAAAAUUCCAUAAAUAGAUAGAAUUUAGUUAAAAUAGUAGGUGAAGAAAAGGGGAGCAUCAUUUGUGUUGUAGUACGGCAAGGAGAACUUAAAUAGUGUUUCUCUAUUCUCCCUACCAAAACUUUAAAAAUUAAAUGUAUUUCUAAAGUAUAAUUUUGUACACGAUAUUUUAUUGAAAUUACAACGGUUACUGGAAAGGAAGGGUCCAGACCCUCUUAGACUACUACACCGUAAAUAAACUAUCACUGCCUAUUGGGUAUUAUAUUUAUAAAUAAUAGGCUCCAUUAUUCUAAUAUACAUAUAGUGAUUACUAUACUUAUGAAUACUAAUUAUAAUUUGUUUUCUUUUUCCUCAUUUUCCCACCGCAAAUAGCACCCAAUUAUGCAGUAAAAGUUUCAAUCUAACGGAAUAUUCAACGUUUCCGACAUUACCUUCUGUAAACUCAUCCAAAAUCGUACUAACUUACCAUUGCUGUCAGGAUGAUUUGUGUAACAUUCGUAUUGAUUCAAUUAUAAUAACCAAACGAGACGUACACGAAGCUCAAAAGAGUGAAUUUCAAAGUUUAAGUCAUCAACAUAAGGCAUUGGUAAAUGAUGAGAACAUGAAAAUGAAAGACAUGAUAGAUUAUCCUACAUUUACAAAGAGGUUCGAUUCUAUAUUUUCCGAUGAGUUCGGAAAAGUUGUAGCCGACGACAACGAGAAGACGUCGAUGGACAACAAGAAAAACACAGAUGAUUUUCUUAAAUUUAUGAAGUUAUUUGAUUAUGUUGUGUCCAUUGAUUUCAAAAAGUCUGCCUCCUCCGAUAACGAGAAGACACCGGCGAGGAAUAAAAGGUCAAUCAAUGCAGAAAAAGAAAUUAUGAAAUGGUUUGAUGUCUAUGGUUUUGUUACACCAAGUGACUAUAAAAUUACCGCCCCCAACGAUACCGUAAAGAAUCCAGUAAAUAACAAGGAAAAUGUUACCAUUGUAAGGAAUAAAAAAUCAAUUAGCGCAGUAAAUGAUUAUGUAACGCCAAGUGACUUCAAAACGACCGCUCCUAAUGAUACCACAAAUAUACCGAUAAAUAACCAGGAAAAUUUUACCAUUGGUGAAAUUCUUAAAUUUAUGAAGUCGUUAAAUUUUACUAUAACCGAUGAUUCAGAAAUGACUGCCUUCACUAACACCAAGGUGACACAGACGAAUGAUAAGGAAAGCAUUACCAUGGGUGAAAUAAUUGAAUUUUUGAAGUGGUUUAGCCCUGUAAUUUCUGUUGACUCCAAUAAAACCGCAGAUGCCGACACCGCACAAACAUUAGUAAGGAAUAAAAAAUCAAUUAGCGCAGUAAAUGAUUAUGUAACGCCAAGUGACUUCAAAACGACCGCUCCUAAUGAUACCACAAGUAAACCGAUAAAUAACCGGGAAAAUGUUACCAUUGGUAAAAUUCUUAAAUUUAUGAAGUGGUUCGAACCUGCUAUUUCCGUUGAAUUCGAUAAAAUCGUGGCCGCCGACACCGCGAAAACAACUACAAACAAAAAGAAAAUCGUGGAUGGUAUUCUUAAAAUUAUGAAGUCAUUCAAUUUUACUGUAUCCGAUUAUUUUGAAAAUAUCACCUUCGCUAACACCGAGGAGACACACACGAAUGAGAAGGAAAACAUUGCCAUAGGUGAAGUUCUUAAAUUUAUGAAGUUAUUUGAUUAUGGUGUGUCCAUUGGUUUCAAAGCCUCCGCUGACACCUCGAAGACACCUACGAGAAAUAAAAGGUCAACCGGCAUGGUAGAUACUCAUAAAUUCAAGAAUAAUGCUUUGAUUUUGCCAGGUUUCGUAGAAAUGACCGCCACCUCCGAUGAUAUCACAAAGAUAAAAAAGAACAAGAAUAAAGAUAUAAAUAGUAUUUUGCUGUCAUUAUUCCCUAUAAUAACAAAUGACUUCAAAAAGACUGCCCUUACAAAUACCGCGAAAAUACCGAUAAUCAACAAGAAAAUAAAUGACACGGCUAAUGUUCUUCAAGUUAAGAAAUGGUUAGAGUCGAUUGUAUCCGAUGACUUCGAAAAGGCCGUCCCCACCAACACCGCGAAUACAAUGACGAAUAACAAAAAAAACAGUAACGUGGGUGAUAUUCUUAAAGUUAUGAAGUGGUUAGACAUUGCGAUGUCUAGUGACUUCAGAAAAAUUGCGUCCGUCGACAACGCGAAUUUACCAAUGAAUAAUAAGAAAACAAGUGACAUGAUAGAUGUUCCUAAAGUUAUUAAGUGGUUCGAAUCUGUCAUUCCCGGUGACUCCGAAAAGAUCGCCCUCGCCGACCACUUGAAGACACCGAACACAAUGGAAUUGCCCAGUACCACUGUAAAGGGCGAAUUGUCACAAUACAAAUCAAUCUUCGUGGCCCCGGAAGAGUUCCCGACUUCCAGCGUGUACACGCCGAUAUAUUAUAUGAAGCCCGAUUUCCCCGCUGCAGAUUUCCAAAUGAUGGUUAAAAUCAUAAAAUCAAUGAUACCAGAAGUAAAAGGAUUUCCAGGCCGUAUCAUAAUUAACCGUCACCUGCAUGAAGAAAGAAAAG